AUGGCUAACUCAUCAUGCCUAUGGGCGAAGACGCGUGAGAAUCUCCCAGCGGAUGUCAAUGAAUGGUUGGCCUCACUCGAACAAGGCAUACAGCCCAUCGCGACCGCGACCAAACAGAUCGACGCGCUCAUUGAACAAACAACAACAAAGCAGAAAGACCUUGAAAAGUCUAACCACAGGUUCACAAAGUAUUUUGAUAAGAUAAUUCAUUGGCUGGAUAAAGUCAAAGGGAUUGGCGAUGUCAUCUCUUCCUUCGACCCCGUGCAUGCAGCUCUUCCAUGGGCUGCUUUUCGAUUCGCCCUACAGGCUAUAUUGUCCGAAAGAGAGCAGGCAGAGAACGUGCUUGAACUCCUCGCCUCGACCCCGCACUUCGCUUUCUCUGGUCGCGUUCUAGAAAUGGUCUAUACGAGAGAGUCUAUGCACACCGGAGAAACAGAGAACGAUGUCAAGCUCAGUCAACAGUGCCUCAAUAGCCUUCAUGAGGAGCUGAUCAAACUCUACUCCGGACUACUGGGUGCUCUUAAGUAUUGUUACUCGAUUUCCAGCAAGCAUAAGAUCCAACGCAAAGCUACAGCGAUAUUUAAUUCAUCCGAGGUGGUGAGCAUCCAUCAGGACUUGGAAGUACAGCACAGAAAGGUCAUAGCCUGCGGAGAGAAUUGCCACAAAAUCCUCAAUCACACCUUAUCGCACAAAUCUCUCGACAUGUUGCAGAAGAUCCAGCCAACUCUCACCGAGCUAGGGGAUCGAGUCCAAAAACUACUAGUUCGCAUGGAUGAGUCCGAACGACGCAAUACACUUGGAGCUAUUUCUUCCAUCCUAUUUCGUGCUCACCAUGACGAGGUCAGUCGAAGACGAACUGUGGGUACUUGUGAGUGGAUAUUGAAGAGGGAGACGUUCAUUCGAUGGGAGGAAAGCGAUUCAUCGGUAACUAUUCUUUACGGCAGUCCUGGGGCCGGCAAAACCUUUCUAGUCUCAAAAGUAGUCGACCAUUCCAUCGAGAGGGCUGAAACGGGUGAAGCUGUCGCCUUUUUCUACUGCAAGAGAGAUGAGGAAAAUCGAAGGAAUCCUCAGGACAUCCUACGCAGCAUUCUUCGUCAACUAUCAAGUCCAGUCAAGAAAAGCGAUUGUGGAAUGAUUCACGUCGCUGUUAAAGAUCUGCCAAACAGGCUCGCACUUGAAGGUACAACAUUUGAUAUAUCUAUAUGUGAAAGCCUGAUUGGGAAGCUUAUCAAACACUAUCCCAGAACUACCAUAAUUCUGGAUGCUCUUGAUGAAUGCGAUAGAAGCACGCGGGAGGAUCUUAUGAGAGUCCUGUCGAAUUUGACGAAUCAAGGCUCCAAGGUUCGUGUCUUCAUCUCCAGUAGACAUGAUGAGGACAUUUUACGCCACUUCAAGGAUACGCCUGUCAUGAUGAUACAAGCAACGGAUAAUGGAGAAGAUAUAUCCUCUUUUGUGGAGAAUAAGCUUUUCGGAGACACCCGUUGGGCCGACAUUGGUCCCAAGUUCCAGGAAGAGGUCAAAUCCGUGUUUCACAAGAAAAGCCAAGGAAUGUUCCAGUGGGCAGCACUACAGGUUGAUCAGAUCCGUCGACUUAGAAUUUGGAGCGAACAGAGUAUGAGGAAGGAACUCCAAAUCUCACCCAUCGGACUGAAGGGAGCGUACGAUGUGGUCUGGAAUCAGAUCCAAGAAAUGUCUCCGUAUGAAGGUCAACUGGCUAAAAGGGCCUUGCAAUGGGCUCUGUGUUCAUUCGAACCAUUAGAGACUUCUGACUUAUUGCUACUGAUGCAGAUUGAACCCAGCUCUGGAAUAAUAGAAGCUGAUACAGCCUUCACGCCGGAGACUAUCCAGAGCAUCUGCGGAAACCUACUUGUCUACGAUCGGAAGUCGAAUGUCUGGCGGUUCUCGCACUUGUCGGCACGAGAAUACAUUGAGACGCAUCAUUUCACCAUGCUUGAAUCGCAUUACCACGCUGCCACAUCUUCUAUCAGGUUCAUCAAGAGAUAUUUGGUCCAAGUGCCACAAAAUACGGAGUACAAUAGAUAUUCUCAACCUCCGCUGUGGGUCGUUCAGCGAACCGGAUCUCGGCUAGGUGAUCCUUCGAAUAAAUUCAGAGUUCAAUGUCGCUACAUAGUUGGGUAUGUAUUGUGGCAUGUCUAUGAAAUAGAUAUGCCUACGUUCAGGUACUCUGAACUCUCAUACCUUUUACGGAAGUUCUUCGAGCCUAUUUCCCAAGGGAGCUCCUCCUUCCAGGCUUGGAAGCGUCACUUAGUUGCAAUGGAGAACUACAGGUGGCGCCUUCGAAGAAAUUGGUCAGGGUUCUCACCUCCUUUGCAAAUAUCAUCAACACCUCUCCAAGUGAUGUCCAUAUACGGACUCUUCGACAUCGUGAGAGACUUGUGGGAGGGAGCGGGGGACGAAGUCAACUUAUUCCCUGAGUUCUCACCCUCUCCUCUUGCCCUAACCAUUAUGUAUAGGCAUGAAUCUAUCUGGCAGUUUUUGAUGCAUGCGAGAGCAGAGAUUAACAAUGGUGCCCAGGGGCCUCUUGAAGCAGCAAUAGAGUGCAACAACAUAAUAGCUUUUGAGGCUAUGCUUAAAGCUGGAGCAGAUGUGAACUAUGUUCAUCCCACUCGUCAGCUUCCAAGGGGCCUGAAGGAUCCUUAUGAAAGGAGGGCGGAUACACCCUUGAAAGCUGCGUUAUGGCAUUUAAGAUCACCAACUCAAAGCUACUUCAUUCAGAGAUUGCUUGAUGAAGGUGCAGACGUCAACCUUAGGACCCGAACUAGAACUACUUUGGAGCUCGCUGUUCAGUUCACCCACGAGGAAGCCGUUAGGAUCCUUCUCGACGCAAAUACAGAAGCAUAUAAUCCGGAUCACCUCCUAAGCCUGGCAGCUCGGAACCGGUUCUUCAAUCUCAUUCCACUAUUCCUGAGUCUUGGUGCCAGUAUCGAAGAGCCGUUGGAAGGGGUCUUACCAUUAGUAUGGGCGUUGAGGAUGUGGAAUCUCUCAGCUGUUCAAUCUUUGUUAGAGGUGUCAGGCACAUCGAUUGACCUGUCCUGUCAACAUCAUAGGGAGGCGAUUUCUUCUAUCCUGGGGAGGCCUGAUGUUAGGAGUAUUCUACGGUCUCUCUCUGAAUCCGACUCUCAUAUCAACUGGAUGGGCUGCGAAACAGACACCCUAAGAAGGGCUUUAAGAUCAUAUCCCAAGUAUGAGUCUGAAAUCCGUGGUCUUGGCUUCAAUGGGUCUGAUUUCGCGCUUCAAUGUAUUGAAGGAACAGCACACCGUCAGCUAAGCUUGGUCCAUACUUUACUCAAUGCUGGAGCAGACGCAUCUGUCAGCGUUGAUAUCAGCUCUGGGAGUACGUUAACUGCAGCUGAUUUUCAUGGUAGAUUGCAUCACGUUCGUGCUCUGCUUGAUCAGGAGACAUCUGACGUCAAACAAGACCAGAGAGAUCUCUUCCGGACUGCCUUGUUCACUUUGAUGAGCGGACACCUAGGUAUGGUGUCUUGGAAAUCUCUCAGUGGCCAGCGGAGGCCUUUCGGUAACAAAUGCCUUUGUCCAAAAUAUCUAGAGGUCCUUCAACUACUGUUCAAUGGAGAUUUGAGCGGUUAUAUCCCUCUCUAUGAAGUCUUAGAUCCAUUGAUUCCACCAGUGUAUGUCAAUGGACAGGACUUUGAAAUUAACAAGCCGAGUCGCUUAUACGUACAAGACUACUUCGGGUGCUUCUCUCGGCUUUGGUUCUCUAUCAUUUGGGAUCUCCAAAAUAGCACAUACCCGCAGCUCCCUCUUGGCUCGCAGCUCCGACAAUGGCAGUUCCCAGGAAUAUUGCCGCUCAGAUGUUGUAUCGUCACAAAGGUGAACGCACUUUGCAGAGAUCGGCCAACGUACUUGAUCAAACUUUCCAUUCGAGGCAGUCGCUCUCAGUUCAUUGUCAGUGCGACACCGCGGGAAGUUCUCAGGUCAUUGAGCCAUGGAUGGGAAGACAGGCGAUGGAAAAGAUACAAGGCUGAAAGAUAUGGUGUCGUGAAGUUUCCAGCCUCGGAUGAUGGGGCUCUAUCAUCUGAUACACAGGCUCCGUCUGCAUGUGGCAGGUUCGAAGUCCGCCUCGCAUUCUGUCACAGAAAUAUAUUUGCUUUGGUUCUCCUUGCGUUGGUGGUUGGAUUGGUUUCCGGCUUCAUUUCUCUACUGUUAUCAGCGACAAACCGUCUUUAG